AUGUAUAAUUUCUUUAAAACUAUUGAUUAAUUCGGAAUCGAACAAAAACUUUCAAUACCAGCUAUAAAUCCUACUCAAAGAAGUGCAAUAGGAGGAGUAGCAACUUUAGCAUUAUAUGGAUUAAGCUUCGCUUAUUUUUUAUAUGAAUUUAUAGAUUGGUAAUAAAAUAAUAAACUUCCAAAAAUUACAUCUUUACAAAAGUAAAUUGAAAUAGCUGAAAAUGUAAAAGCAGAAGGUGUAUUUGCUGAAAUAUCUCAUUUUGGUUCAAAUGAAAAUAAUAUUGAUCCAUUCGAUCCAGAUAAUUUAAUAUUCUAUCCAAUAUUAACAUCCUAAACUAAUAACAAAGAUGAGGUAUGAUUAAAUUUUAAAUUAGAAUUAAAUAUUUAAAAGCAGAUUAAAACAUUAAAAUUUUGAAAAUGGAUAUGUAUCAAAUAAAUUUUUAAUUGAAAAUGCUAAUUUUUUUGGUUCACCCUCUUAUGCUUCAUAGCUUAUUUAUCAAGAUUAUUAGAUCCUAUUUGGAUUUUGUGAUCCUAGUACCUUAGAAUAGGGAUAUUCAUGUGCAAAUUAAGAUACUGUUGAAAAAUUCAAAAAAUAAUAAAACCUUUUUCAAAUUUCUAUUUAUAUUUAAUAAUACGACACAAAAACAAAAUCACUUAUUAAAAUACCAAAAUUUUACACCUUAGAUUUAUCAAUAGAUUAAACAUAAUCAUGUACUUUUUAUAUACAGGCAAAUUAAAUAGAUGUUGAUGAUGGAUUUCUAUUUCCUAAUUCUAAUAAGUAAAUUUUCUUCUCAGAUUUUAUAAUGUUUAGUAAUGUAUAAGAUAUCAUAUAAAGUGAAAAAAUUUAUGGACAAUAAAUAUUUUUAAGUGCCUAUUUCACAAUGGAUUAAAUUAAAUCAGUUGUUUAUAUAGAAUACCCUAAAAUAUCAGAAAUUCUUGCUAAUGCAGGAUCUAUCAUCACAUGGAUCCUAUAGAUAUCCUUUAUAUUUAUAAAAUACAAUGAAAUGAUUUGCACUUAAAAUGCCAGAAAAGAUGUUAUAUAAAUGUUUUAUACAGAUUAUCGUGAUUUUUCUAUUAAAACAAAUUUCUUAGGAAAAAUGACUGAAUUAAAGAUUAAAGAAAAAUAUUAUGAUAUAUAAAAGAUUAAUUCAUUUUUUGAAAGUUUACAUUAGAUGGUGGAUUAGAAAAUGAGCUAUAUAAAUUUAUAAUUUGAAGUCUCUAGGUACUUAUAAUUAAUUUUUAAGAAUUUAACUAAUUUUGUAAGAGUUUUUAGGUCUAGAUUAGAUGAAAAAAUAUUUGCAAUAAAAUCAUAGACUUGAAUCUAUUUUGGAUAAACUUGAAUUAAAUGAAGUUCCAUAACCAAAAAAAUUUAAAAUUUAGAUUGUAUUUUAUUUGCAAUAAAUAUUAAGUAACCUGAAGAGUAACAAAAUAAUAACUUAAGAUAAUAAGAAUAAUAAGAAGGAGAACGAAUGAUGUCAAAUGAUAUAUUACCUGAAGGUGAUUUAGAAUCUCACAUAGGCUUAUUUUUAAUGAAGGAGAACAUAUUAUAUACUCAAGCUGAAUUAAAUUAAAGUCUUUUACCUUAAGCUUAAUCUUAAAUUGAUUUAAAACUAAAUGCGGAAAAAUAACCAUCUUCUAUUUCAUGA